CGCCAUCAUCGACAAACAACCCAGGGCAGCCCCUCAGCUACCUUUGUACAACCCCAAGCAAUAGCACCACACACCCAUACCAUAGCAACAUGGUCAUCAACUACAGCAAGUGGGACGCCCUCGAGCUCUCUGACGACUCGGACAUAGAGGUGCACCCAAACGUCGACAAGAAAUCCUUUAUCCGCGCCAAACAGGCCCAAAUCCACCAAGAGCGCGACCACAGGAGGCAUCAGAUAAAGACACUCAAAUAUGAGCGCAUCAUCAACGACGGUCUCACCGAGCGCGUCGACCGCCUCCUCACAGCCUUGAAAUCCCACAAGGCUAAGCAGGCAGAAGGCCACGGCGCGAAUGAUGAUCAGUUGGUAUUCCAGGCCAUGAUGGAGAGCAUGAUGGAUAUGAAGAUUGACAAGAAUGGGGGUUCGGAUAGGCCGCCAACGCCGCCAGAAGGCGUACACGAGCAUAUCAAAGAUAAGCCGACAUAUCCACAGAUGAUGGCAAGUCUAGUGGAUUCAGUGAAGAAGGACAUUGAUGCAAGUAAGAGCGAGGAACCGCGCUAUGAUCAGUUCAUCAAGGGCCUAGACAACGAGAAAGCCAGGAUAGAAGAUCUACAGAGACAGUUGUAUGCGAAGCUCGCCGAGCUAGAGAAAGAAGAGAAGAAGCACAUUACAAGCGAAGACAUCCACGAGGGCUUCAGCUUCUCGAACGUACGGAAAGGCGACGAAGCGAAGCCCCCUGCUCCAACAUCAACGUCAUCGUCAGCACCGAAGAAGGCUGAACCCUCAGCAACAGUCGAACUCCUCAAUGCCCCAAAACGUCCCGAACCCUCACGAACAGACACAGGCGACUCCGGCGCAGACGCAGACGUUGAAGAAGGCACCGCCGUCCACGAUGAGGACAACGAAGAUGACAUUUCUGCCUCGCCCCUUGCCCAAUCCUUUGCAAAGAUAAAAGCAGGUGACUGGUAUGCCUGUCUCCAGUUCCUCAUGCAACAUCCAGAGGUCAUGGCAGAAAAAGAAACAGACGGCCUCCUCGUCGAGGCCUUCAACUCCGAGCUCGACGGCAAACCGAAGCACGCACGACAAUGCGUUCAUCAGGGCCUGUUGCUACAAUACUGUAGACAGCUAGGGGGCAGACAGGGUGUGGAGUUAUUUUUCAAGCGGAUACAGAUGAAAGACCACCAAGCGGGGAAAAUGUUCCACGACGACGUGGAUACCACAUAUCGCAGGAUCAAGACGAGAGCGGCGGAGAUCCUGAAAGAGCGCGCCGAGAACCCUACAGAGGGAGUAGAGCAAAUACAACUCCACGCCGUCGACCCAAAUACGCAGAUCAACAUUUCCGUUCCUCCUGCACAACCGACAUCUACAGACCCCGAGGAGCGCCAGGCAGAAGAGCAGGCAAGACAAAUUUUCGAUAGCUUCCCGCCAGGCUUGCAAAGAGCCUUGGAGAGCGGGAAGCUGGACGAAGUGAACAAGGUGCUGGCGAAGAUGAGUGUCGAGGAGGCUGAGGAAAUUGUGGAGAAGCUUGGUGCGGGCGGUAUGCUAAGCUUAGAAGAGGGUGUGAUUGAUGCAACAACAGAGGAGGGUCAGAAGGCCAUGGAGGAGAUUGAAAAGUCGAGGAAGAUGCCUGGGCAGUCGUAGAGUGACCAACCGACAAUGUAUGACGGAACGAUCUUGCAACGGUUAAAUAGCAUAUUGUAACUGUAUAAUCUCCUCGAUGUUGGUAUAAUACACACUUUGAAUUUCAUAUACCC